AUGCGGAUACGCGUCAAGUCGCCGUCCAGCCCCCUUGUGGUUCGCUUGCGUAUACCGCCUAAAGGAAAGGGCAAGGAGAAAGAGGAGGAUGUGGAUCGCAACAUCUUUGAGGAUAUCCUCAGCGUAGAUGACAGGGACAUCGCGAAAACGACAAUCGAAGCUGGCGACAGGGCGCGCUUUGAAAGAAGCAAACACAUUGCUGAGGUACGCUUAUUCAAGCAAUUGCGAACAAUCAUCCUCAACCCAUCUCCAGUGCCCUCAACUCCUUUCCGUUGCACUCCUGGCGCAACUCCUUUCACUCCCACCUUUUCCCAAACACCCUUCACAGCGUCGAAAACACCGACUCUCCGCAUUCGUACUAUCCGCUUCGGCCCCUUCGACAUACAAACGUGGUUCGAUGCCCCAUUUCCGGAAGAAUACGCCAACCUUCCUGAUGGUCGACUAUGGAUUUGCGAAUUUUGCCUCAAGUAUAUGCGCAGCGGCUUUGCCUUUGGUCGACACAGGAUGAAGUGCAAAUCGCGCCAUCCUCCAGGGGAUGAGAUCUAUCGUGACGGCAAUGUGUCCAUAUUUGAAGUUGAUGGUCGCAAGAACAAGAUAUACUGUCAGAAUCUCUGCCUUCUAUCAAAGAUGUUCUUAGAUCACAAAUCAUUGUUCUAUGAUGUCGAGCCCUUCCUGUUCUAUGUGAUGACCGAGUUUGACGAUAUUGGAGCUCGGUUCAUCGGAUAUUUCAGCAAGGAGAAAUGCUCGCCGAAGGAUUUCAACGUCAGCUGUAUUAUGACUCUACCAGUCCGCCAACGUCGUGGUUGGGGGAAUUACCUGAUUGACUUUAGCUAUCUCUUAUCAAAGAAGGAACGGCGGUUAGGAUCACCUGAGAAGCCGCUCUCUGGCCUCGGUGCCUUGGGAUACAAGAAUUACUGGACGCUAGCAAUUAUGCGUUAUCUCCGAGAGGCCCCAGAUAAUCCACUUUUGCAAGGUACCUCAUCUUUCCAUGCCCCUUGA